UUGUUUACUUCAAACUUCAAUACUUCAAUGGCUGUGCCCACAAUUUUCCGUCGUACCCUUAUAAAUGGGACUAUAUAUUCAGCUGCUGCAUUACGAUUUGCUUCAACACAAUCAGAAAAAAGAGUUUAUUUUGAUGUAACUGCGGAUGGAGAACCUCUUGGACGCAUAGUUAUGAAACUAAAUACGGAUGAAGUUCCUAAAACUACUGAAAAUUUUAGGGCUUUAUGCACGGGUGAAAAAGGAUAUGGCUACAAAGGUUCCUCAUUUCAUAGAAUAAUUCCAAACUUUAUGUGUCAAGGAGGUGAUUUUACAAAUCACAAUGGAACUGGAGGGAAGUCAAUUUAUGGUCGUACCUUCAUGGAUGAAAAUUUUAAACUGAAGCACGCUGGUCCUGGUAUACUAUCAAUGGCUAAUGCUGGACCUAAUACAAAUGGCUCUCAGUUUUUUAUCACAACUGUUGCUACACCUUGGCUAGAUAGAAAACAUGUUGUCUUUGGUUCAGUAGUAGAUGGAAUGGAUGUUGUUAAGAAAAUGGAAAAGUUAGGUUCCAAAAAUGGAACACCAUCUAAAAAAGUUGUCAUUGCAGAAUGUGGUGACAUGGAUGAAAACUUUGAAGUUCAGCUAUAA